AUGAUCAUCACCUCGGCCCACAAUGUCAACGGCGUCAAAGUAAGUAGGCAUUCAUUGCAUGCCGCAGAUACUUGGGGACAUUUACUUUGCCCUUAUCACUAUCCUCUUCAGUGAAAAAACGACUACAGGAUGCCCCUUGCAUGGUUAGGAACUACGCUUUUCCCGAUCCGGACUGCAUAUUUGUAUCCGGCUGCAGGAUUACGAUGUAAAACAGUGACUUUGCUUUCAGGUUCAAAAGACAUAUUUUAGCGAAUUGGUCUUCUAUGUGCCCAUUGUAAUUUAAACUUACUCUUACACUUUUUACAAAAAUUUUCUUAAGUCUCCUUUUAGGAAGCGGUGAGUGUGUUGAUAAGAAAAACCUAUUGGUACUCAGGUUGUGAUGUACCAAGAUGGACUUUUCUUUCUUUACCACUAGAACUUUAAGUAUGAAAGCGGGUUUGUAAUUUCGCUGUCGUGGUACACUCGUCAAAUAAAUGUAUGUUGGUGUGCACAUUAAGUAAGACGAGUAAACCAAAAGUUACUCAGAAACAUAAGAUGUCAUCAAUGGAGCUAAUCGGAAGACCCUGGCGAGAGUAGCGAAAUUCUGUCAGUUUAUCAUCCGCUUCGCUGCUGGCUGUUUCUGCCAUUCUGUAGCGAAUUUGCACACAGCUGCGUUUGUGACAUAACGUGUGUUUACCAUGGUAGCUCAGGAUUUGGCGUUUUUCUAUGCACCUGUUGCGUUUUCGACAGACAAAAACUUCCAAGAACAGCAGUAAGUUGUGGCCUUCCGUUUACACAGUUUCUUGGAUGUCGAAAAAACCGAAUUCACCGUUGUUUGAUGACCACGAAAGCAUCUUCAAUGUAUCAAUUCCAAAACUUUGGUCUGGGAAUUGUGAAUUCCAGGCAGUCUAGGUUUGGCGAACUUCCUCAGCGAUGAAGCCCAAAAGAGGCGAUCCCAUUGGCAUUCCCCUAGUUUGUUCGUACAUGGUUCUCUCCAAGGCGAAGUACGUCCUCAGAAUUUCAGACCAGAUGCCUCUACCUAAUCGACCCCCCUCUCGAGUAAUUCACUUACCGUCCGUGGAACUUGAUGUGACUGCAUUUGUUGUUUUGAAGGCCAGUCGUAUAUAUACACUGAAGUACACCUCAAGUCUUACGACACGGACGCCUUUUUACCCGCUUUACUUGAACUUUUGGACCUUUUUCUGGGAAAGAACUUCUCAUUUGAACAUGAAUACUACAAACGGAUGAAAGGAGCCCCCAUAGGAUAACCUAUCUUCGGUUCUCUUCCUGAAAUCACGGCGCAAAAUUUGGAAACCACGGCACUUCCUUCAGUUAAUCACUAAUUUUGGGUACAUAAUAUGAAUGACAAUUAUAUUGUCGUCAAAAGGUGUCACACGGAACUGCUCCACAGUGUUAUUAACUGAAAACUAGCAGGAAUCUGAUUUAGACUCGAAACAGAGGUUGACAGCAAACUCCAUUUCCUUGACGUCCUCGUACAGCGAAUAACCGACGGGACAUUUCACGCAUCAGUUUACCGCACAGAAACGCAUACGGACGUUGUUGUGCAUUACAAUAACAUUAGCCAUUUUACUCACAAACGCAGCACUGUUACAAGCCUACGAGAUCGAGCAAAAACACGCUACCCAAACGGCAAUAAUUACAAGAUAGAACUUAUUUAUUUGUUCAGACUCUUCUCCCAAAAUUGGUACUCUAGAGACUUUGUACGGCGGUGCAUGAGACAACAGGAAUUAAAAGAAAAAACUAGUCUGCCCCGAGCAAGCGUCCGAACAGGAAACAUCGAGAAUGCCUCCGUUGACUAAAACAGUGUCAAAACUCGUUGAACGCACCUGAGGAAACAUCAAUUACAAGUGGCGCAAAAACCCACAGCCACAUUACGCAACCAGCUCGUACACACCAGGGAUAGGAUAAGCCAUUUAGAUAAGAAAGAGGUCGUUUACAAGGUCCCGUGUGACACCUGCGUUGCAAUGUACUGCAGUCAAACUAGAAAGGCGGUCUACACAAGCAUACACAACAUCGACGGGACGCCAACAGACGAGGCUUAUUAUCCUCAGCUACCGUUAACGCACUAGAAGCUGUCCAUAAGUUUGCUAGUGACAAGACUCACAUUCGCAGAUCUGCGAAUGUCUCUGAUGAUGGAUUCGAGUGAGAAUCCGAAAAGUCAGCCAAUAAAUUUCUUGUUCCAGUCCUAACAUCUUCGUCUUCAAAACGCACAUUGUUUGUGUCUGCCCUCUAUAUUUGACCUCGGAAAAGUAAACGCGAGACCUCGCACACUUUUAGACCCCAGUUCGUUAAUCAUAAAAUGUAACCUAAUUAAACUGAUGUAAAAGUAGCUGAUGCCCAAUUUCAGGUUCGCGGAUUCAAAGAGGAUAAGAAAUGGCGCAUGAUAUUUUUCUAUAAUUUACUUUCUACCACUUAUGUAGAUUUGGUGAGGAGAAACAGAACAUUUGCAUCGCCCGCCUGUGAAAGUUUAAUAAAUAACGAACCUCCGUGACGAUCAAGAAGGUAAUACUGCAUCGCUUGUGACGCAAAAAACAAAUCUUUCACACAAAAGAAAGCACUGUGCAUACGUUUUUGAUAACAAAUCCUGCAAAAAGCAUCUUUAAAGGCUUUCCGAACACAAAAACAAAUUUGCGAAAAUAGUAAAAAAGUCAAGUGGAGCAAUGAAUUAUUUAUUUGAAGUUACACAAUGAUUUAAUUUCUGUGCACCGGGUAACCGUCCACUGGUUUUUAUAGCAUGCGCAUAAAAAACGACGCACAAUUGCCGAAUCCACAGUUAACACCUGAAAUUUGCAAAAGAAGAACAUUCUGAAUGUGGUCUAUGUGCAGCACACGUUGUGGAACAUUUGACUAGUUUCCCUAUCUGAGAUAACAGUUCAUCUACUGGAGAAUUCGUUUACCUCUCAACCACUGGAUAGCUGACUCAAUGUCAAGGCAAAGAAAAUAAACAGGAAUCGCUUAUUUCAGGCAUUCUUAAAAAAACCAUGCAGUCUUAUAAUUUAAAUAGUUAACCUAUUUGCAAAAACUUCACUAAAGAAGUAGUCUGCUCGGAGAAUUUCAACCCUAUACCGAGUCAUACGAAGGCAGCUUAAAAGUAACAUAAUUCGGAUUUCGGUCUAAAUUCCUCGUAUUAUCGUCAAGAAAUUUACCAUACACCUAACAUUAUACGUCGCUUUAUGGUUGACUAGGGAUUUAACGUAAGAACAGCAAUUUAGAGAAAUAGGCGUAUCGAGAAAUAAUUCAAAUUAGAGAAGCAUGUAUAAAAAGAGAAUAGGUAACGAUAUUUAACAGUCAUAAUUGACAAAUAUUUGGGGACACAAUUUGAGUGUACUCAAAAACCGGAUGCUGUACUUACCAUCGCUUAUGUCACAACUAUGUGAAGGGCGUUUGGAAAAAACGUAGGAUAGGACGCUGUCCCGCUCAAACUCCUCGUCUAUAUUUUCGAACUGAACUUGUGCUCGGGUCCGUGGUUGCGUUCUGUGACCAAAUUUUACUUUUGGGAGCAAGGUGAGGGUAUUGUUUGCUUCGUAUUUGAGCUGCAGGAUGGCUUGCACAUCGUCCGCCCUUCGGCCAUUCUGCCGGCCGACAUCGUCAGUCAGCUACGUAAUACAAAAUGCAGUUUGAGCAAUCGAUGUAUGCAAUGAGAAUGUAUUUGCCUAACCGAAAGCAAAACAAGCCGCUUCCAUAUAAUAUUGACAUUCCAUUAUGUUAAUUCUUGUAAGGUCUUUUCUAAGCUAUAUAUGCCAGUAAUGUUCUGAAGUAUGAUUAUUAAAAAUAUAAUCCUGAUGUUAAAAAUUUGUCUCUGAAAAAGCAACCGAGUAACCCACGGCUGAGACAGUACAGACAGAGUGGCGUACACCGCCUAUUACAAUCAUCAGCCCUACUAUGUUAAGAAAAGAAACGCCCAAAGUUUAAAAACAUUUGGGCGGUCUUAAGUGAAAAAAAUAUCUGUAGCUCGGAAAAUAAUGUUUCGAUAUUUAGUAGGUCAUAUUGUCCAAGAUGCUUCAUCGCGUUAAAUGGCCAGAAACUUCUCGCCUUCCAAAUAAACGUCCGAAAGUACCUUUGAUAAACUACAUAUUUGACAGCCUUAAAUGCUCUCAGCGACGGAACAUGAAACUUGUUUUGUUCAAUUUGCUAUAUCUUACCCCACAAUGAUAGAGGACGACUACUGAAGCCACAUCCAAUUCGCAGGUUAUCAGACCAAAUGGACGCUUGUCGUUGGCAGCGGUGCAAACACCAUUCGCUCCGAAUUGUAGAAGGUCUACUUUCAGCGUGCACCUCACAUUUGUCCUCCUGUGGAAAGUUUGGAAAGUGUGAGGUGGGUGUGACAGAAGAUGUUGGGCAUUGAGCGGAGAUAGGGCAUCCAGGUAUGCCGGACAUCGAUUUUCAGCUAUAAUCAUAAAGUCGGAGUGUUGGGAACAUGGAAAGUGAGUCAUUUACCUGUGAAAAAGGCUGAUGCGAAAAUGUUCAGAUAAAAAAGAGCUAAUGCGUAAUACAUCUUGUUGAUGCGUGAAGUGCACUCAAGUGCUGCAAACAUUGCACGAAUGACUUAAAUAUGCCUCCAAAAUGCAGGUAAUUGGUCGAUGUCUAAACCAACAGAACGCAUAGGUGUCAGCACACACUGAGUUGCCUACGUUGCAGCCCCCCUAUCCAAGAAAAUGGUUACUUACAAUCUCUUUUCAGAUUUCGGGGCAGUAGCUUUAGGAGUGCAUUGAAUAUUUCAAGUAGCUUUGCAGGUAUAUGCAAAGCCAAAGUAAUACUACUAACCCUAACAAACAUUCACCCUCAGGAUUUGAAUUACGUAUUGCGCGCCAAUAUUUGCGCUCUAGUCUCCAAUCUGGUACGGAAUCGAAGAAUACGUCCUAACGCGGACAAACACGGAGUUCUUUUAGCACAUGAGCUUGAAUGCUGUUCUGGUCGUAUAUCAAAAUAACCUUACGUGCAAGCGAUAAUGUGACACACAUUACUCCUACUUAAAUGCAAAAGGACAUAUGCAAAAUUGGCACGCUGUUCAUCGGACGUAAUCUGCUAACUAUAAGAUACAUUUGUGUCACCGUUAUAAAAGUGAAUACACAAAUAGUCUGAAUCGUUUGAAUUAGUUUCUUUCGAGCAGGUACUUGUGGUGAAUUCCAGUAGCCGUUAAGGGCUAACAUCGCAAUGAUUUCACUGAAAAGAAUAUAGUGAAAUAGAGAGCAUAAAAUGCUGUAUAUUUGGUGACGGGUUCUGCAGCGAACAGUCAAGAUGAUGACCAAAAGUAUUUUGUCCUGCACUCAAUGCUAGUGCAUAUGUAGAGUCAGUUAACCUCAUUGGGAUGUUAAGGCCAUUUAGAGGUAGCCUUUCUAAACGGGUUCAAUUCCGUUAUAUGCAUCGCAUUGAAAAUUAUCGUCGAAGAAAUCUCCUUACUUAUAUGUACUAUUCUGUCUUGUUAUGUCCCAGACACCACUGUACGGUGUUCUGGCGUGUAAUUUUAUUUCCCAGCGGUAUUCGAAUUCUGCAAGAUGAGAAAGCAUGCUAUUUACAGUCAGCGAAACAGUCACUAUGUGCUCAGCUUUUUGAGUUGGUUUAUUUUGUCAGCGAAAAACUUCAUGCGGUGUUAGUAAAAAUCCCUAAUUGUUAAGCUAAUGGUUACUUGGGAGGAUACAAAUGCAGUGCACGAACUAUUUGAUAAAAUGUGUUUUCGAUAGUCAUGUUUGGUUCUGAUAGGGAUUAUGAUAUUUACUAUCGUGCUGCCUAAUCCACUCAUACCAAGAGACUGUUCUUUAGACAAACUUCGUCCCUGCCGCCAUUAAAAAGCACAUUCGUCCAUACAUGGAAGAUAAUACUUUUUUCGGCCAAAUAGGUGUAAAUAUUUUGCAGGAUAAGAAACAAUCGUGAGAAAAAUUCAUAAUGCAUAAAUAAUUAUUUUUUACUGACUUGGAAUUUAGCGAGUAAACGGACAGAAACGUAUUCCAAAUUCGGCAUCAUGGCGGGAUGAAUGUUUCAGGAUUAUGAAGUUUAAAAUUACUAUAGCAGUCUCGUUUAUGCGAUCCUUUCUGAUAAAAACAAAGUUAGAUUUCUGGCCGAAAUUUAAUGAGAGAGAUCACUGACUGUAUUUGCAAAAUGAACGUCGUAUGGACUUUCAGAUGUUAUUAUGGGGGGACAUGACAUCGCCGGGUUUUCCUGUUUCAUAAAUAAAAGGGUAUCUUUUUGUGUGGUCAUGCAUUCAAAUAUCUUAACGUGUAGCCUUCUCAAUAUGAACUGCAAACUUUUUAAUUACUGCUUAUUUACGAUAACUUGGUCAUACUAAUGUUGUCUUUAGAGGGAAUAAACAAUAAAAGUUUGUGAUUCGAUUCUUCACUUUACAGUUUGCUGAUAAACAAGCUGUAGUAAUAAGUGCGGCGGAAUAAGUCGCACAAAUGAUAUGGAAAAGCUGUAAAACGCCACAUAUUGGUUCGUCUGCUGUCGUCAGCUUGAGCAAGGCGACGCUUUUCAUGUAUAAGUCUAAACAGUUUGCAAGACCAUGUGGAGGGAUUUGCGAGCGUAACUUACUGUCGUCACCAAAACCUGCUCCUUGAACUACAGAAAUCGAAAAAGUUGUAGUCCCGGUCCCAGUAAAGGACUGUAAGUGUUUUCCUUAUUAUUAUUAUUAUCAUCAUCAUCAUCAUUGCCGGAGUGCAGCAAUUUAGGUUGUCUUUCACGGGAGUGGAGAAUGCACGCUGUCUGAGAUAAUGCCGAUGGAAAUUCCGUUACCUCUUCAGUUAAUUUAGCCCCUCUUCUUGUGAUUGGAAUCGCCUCAGACUGCAGUCAGACGGACAUCUGCACAUUGCUUUCCUUACCAUUUUCUAACGUGACCUCUUUAUUUAAUUUAGUAACUGUUGUAAGUGGAAUCGUCCCAAACUCCGGGUUAACGGAUAUUUGUAUAUUAAAACACACUGAGGUCUAACAAAAGCAACGUUUUACAUUUGUAGUUUUGAUGUCAACGUUUUACUCAUGUGCAGCUUUAGGUGUGCUGCAACAUCUCGGUCUGAAUCCACAUAACUUUAGAUUUUCGCUGCUGACUUAAUUAAUCUGGGAGAGGGCAAAAUGAGGAACUAGCAUUGGCCAGCACAACAGUCGAACUUGUCCUCAAUUGAUACAAAUCCAGUAACUUGCAUUCUUGGUCGCAGUGGAGUACACUAGGUGUUUUCAGUAUUGUUCAUUCUAAAGUGCAGCACAUUAAGGCCUCUUUCACGCGGCUGGACACAGUAUUCCGCCCGACGUGAUGCAAACACACAUUAAUGCGAGCUCUUCAGUUAUUUUACCCAGAGCUUCAAAUCGAAUUCCCAGACUGCAGUCAAACGAAUACCUGCACAUUAAAACAUUCUGAGAUUUAACCAAGCCUCCACAACUUAAUUUCCCAUUUGAGGCAUUGAUGCCAGAUCUUCGCUCAUUGGCAUCUUUGUGUGUAUUGCAGACUCACGGUUUUAAUCCAUAUAACUUUACAUUUCCCCUACCGAGCUAACCGUUUUAAAGAAGUACUCAAUGUCAAUUAGAAUUAGCUAACGAAACAGUCGAAAUUUUCCUCGGCUGAUCCAGUUAGAUGUGACUGAUAUAUAUACGUAUUUCAACAUAAUUCUGCACGUGAAUGUGGCGUGGGAGUAGAUUCUGCGAGCGAGAAAUGCCAGACAGAAAGUUCACAAAGGAUCCGCCGCAUAGUUUUGUGCGGUCGCGUCGUAAUGCAAUGGCUGAAUUAAUUGAUAUAGUUGCGUGGGAGUUUUCCAUACUAACCAAACAAAUAGAACUCGGAAGACUUGACCCAUUCAAAUGAAGUGUUCCUAUAGUGCUUUCAAUGAAAUUAGGUAAAAAUUUAAACCAACUGAAUGCCAUUCAAGAGGUUUGCCCCACUGACUUAUCAAAUUUGGCGGUCCACAUAAGAAGAAUUAGAAUUCGCUAACACAGCAGUUUAAAUUAAACUCGGCUGAUCAUAAUUACAUGAUUGUGGUGUGAGAACGGAUUCCAUGAGCAACAAAGGCCAGACAGACAGUCAACAAAAAAUUCGUCGCAUAACUUAUGUGUGGUCACAUCGCAAAUGGCAGAACGUUACUUAAUAUAGUUGGAUUGGAGGUUUCCAUGCGAAAAAAACAAAUAAAACCCGGAGAGCGUAAGCCCCUCAAAUGAAGACCUUCUACAGUGCUUUCCAGAAGUAAAGUGAAGAUUUAAGCCAAAUGAAUUCUAUUCAAGAAGUCAAAAAUUUCAUUCGGGCAAAACAAGCCGCAUUGUAAGUUAGUCAGAAAAAUGAUAAAGUUGGCGUAACCGAUGUAAAAACGUACUUUAAAUAAUUUUACACGUAAAUGUUGCGUGGGAGUAGGCAAUGGGAGCAUCAAAGGUCAGACAUAAAGUCUACAAAUCCCCCCCACUGCAUAAUUUGUGUGCCGUCACAUCGAUAACUAUUAUGGAACGUCAGAAUUAAUUAAAAUCGUUUGGUCGGGGCUUUCCUCACAAAGCGGUAAACAGAACCCGAAAGGCGUGAGUCAUCUAAAUGAAGUAUUCCUAUACUGCUGAUAAUGAAAAUUUAAACCAAAUGAAUGCCGCUCAAGAGGACAAAAAAUUCAUCCAAACAAGUCAAGCCAAUUGUAACUUAAUUAGAAAAUAAUAUAGUUUACUGAAUGUUCAAAGUACUAGGUAAGGAUGCAGACAUGACAUGGGUAUGACUGGCUGGCGCAGGCUAAUAGGCCAGAAAUGGCCAUCCCAGUCUCCCUUGUCUUUAUGGGUAGUAAUAUUCUGUCCAUGGGAUGUUUCGAUGUGCAGCUGCUGGUUGGGCUCCAGAGAGUCCGAAAGGAAUGAAUUCCGUAAGAAUGUUCGGUGAGCGUCCCUUUAGCUUUGGAUAUCCCGAUCGUAACCGACCCAAAGGUGCCGUGUUCGAAUCUCAAGUGAUCCACAUUUGGGGUUGGGUAUGAAUUGUGAUGACCGUUAAUAAACCAGAAAUGGCCAUUCCGGUCUCCCUUAUUUUUGUUAGUAUCACCUGAUCUACUUAUAUAUAUAUAGAAAUGAGGCAUUGGCGGCAAAAGCCACAGAUGCAUCCAUGGCGCGUUUCAACGGCCUGCCAAAAGUUCAUAAGACAGGAGUCCCGCUACGCCCCAUAGUCUCCCUACGCGGCACUCUGACCUUUGGACUCUCAAAAUGGCUUUACUAACAGUUUCGUUUCCUCACCGAGGGCUCGGAAUGGACGGUGAAGUCGGCUGAAGAAUUCCUGAAAAGCAUCAGAAACCUAGAAAUAGAACCAGAUGAGAUGAUGGUAUCGUUUGACGUGGUCGCAUUAUUCACGUCCAUUCCAACCGGCCUCGCCAUCAGCACAAUUGACGAACUUCUUCAGGAAAAGUAUGAUGACGUUGACCAACAACUUAAGCGAACGCACAUUACUGAACUCUUGGAAUUGUGCCUCAGGACUUUCUUCACUUUUGGCGACCGGGUUUACGAGCAGAUGAAGGGAACACCGAUGGGAUCCCCCCUGUCUGGGUUGAUUGCUGAGGCCGUUUUGCAGAGGCUAGAACGACUAGUCUUCCGUUCGUACUCCCCAAAAUUCUGGGCCAGAUAUGUCGACGACACAUUUGUCGUAAUCAAGAUGAACGACGUUCAGAACUUCAAGGUCCUACUGAACUCAACAUUCCCCGACAUCCAAUUUACAAUGGAAGGGGAGAACAACAGCCAAUUGCCCUCCCUCGACGUGAAUGUUGCAAGGACGGUUCGUGGGAGCAUAAGAACUACGGUGUACCGUAAGGCGACGAAUACCAGACGCAUCCUCCAAUUCCGAAGUAACCAUCCUAUUGGUCACAAGCGAAGUUGUGUGAGAACUCUCUUCCAACGAGUUCAAACACAAUGUAGCGACGACGACGGGAAAAAGGAGGAGACAAAAUACCUACAUGCUUUAUUCACAGCCAAUGGUUACCCACGAUCCUUCAUACGUGAGUGCCGACGAAAGACUACCCGUCAGCGAUCAGACGGUGAGAAGCCGAAGUUUUGGCUGGCGAUCCCCUACGUGAAGAAUGUUUCCGAGGCGACAGCUAGAAUCCUAAACCCUUUUGGGAUUGAGGUGGCCCAUAAACCGGAAUCCACCAUCAGACAGCAGAUAAUGAGACCCAAAGACCCGCUACCGGCAACGGAACAAUCAGCAGUGGUCUACAGCAUACCGUGCCAAAAUUGCAAUGCACGGUAUGUUGGUGAAACGGGGAAACGCCUCUGCACAAGGGUCAAGUUACCCGCCCAACCCACCGCAACGUCUGGAAUCCACCAAAUCUGA